GCCUGCGUUGCUCAAAUCCCCAGAGAACAACCCGUCACAAUUGAAACAUCUCUAUUUCCAACUAAUUUUCAAUCGUGAAGCUCUUGUUGUGAUAGAUUACUGGGCGCAGCAAAUAAUCUACUCCUUCACCUGGUAGAGCAUUCUACUUCCUCAUCACCAUCUUGACCACUUUCCCUCACCUCAGUCCGCACUUUAUCAGCAUGCCUGCCACGACGGCAGAAACCCUUUCGCUUGUGAACCGACAGGUAUCAGUCGCGCCACUGGUGCUUCUUUCAGCAGCCGAUCACUAUGGUCGUUCUGCCAAAGGCACGCGGAAGCGAGUAGUUGGUGUGCUCUUGGGGCAAAAUGAUGGCAAGAAUGUUCGGGUUUCAAAUAGUUUCGCAGUGCCCUUCGAAGAAGACGAAAAGGACCCAUCAGUAUGGUUCCUGGACCACAACUACGUCGAAUCGAUGCGAGAAAUGUUCAAGAAAGUCAAUGCUCGAGAGAAGCUGAUAGGCUGGUAUCACUCUGGCCCGAGGUUGCGAGCUUCUGAUCUGGAGAUCAACGAGCUCUUCAAGAGAUACACACCAAACCCACUACUCGUCAUCGUCGAUGUCCAGCCGAAAGAGGUUGGAGUGCCGACGGAUGCGUACUUUGCGAUUGAGGAAAUCAAAGAUGAUGGCACGACCACGUCAAAGACAUUUGUCCACACCCCCUCCAUAAUCGAGGCCGAGGAGGCUGAAGAGAUUGGAGUUGAACACCUUCUGAGAGAUAUUCGGGAUGUCGCAGUGGGAACUCUAUCGGCACGAAUCACCCAACAGCUCCAGUCUCUGCAAGGUCUACAUUUGCGGUUAAGAGACAUUGGCACAUAUCUUCAAAAGGUCCUUGAUGGAGACCUUCCGCUCAACCACGCCAUCCUAGGGGAUAUCCAAGACAUUUUCAAUCUUCUCCCCAACCUGACCACGCCUCCGGCAUCACGACCAAAUGGCAAGAACCAGGUCGAGAACAGCGAGCUGGCCCGGUCCAUGAGCAUCAAGACCAAUGAUCAAUUAAUGACGAUCUAUCUGAGCUCUCUGGUACGAGCCAUUACCGCCUUCCAUGAUCUCAUCGACAACAAGAACAAAAACCGACAGCAACAAGAAGAGAAAGAGGCCAACAAGGAUGGUGCGGAGAAGGAGGGCGAAAAGGAGAAGGAGAAGGAUGAGAAAAAGGGCGCCGCCGUGAAUGGCAGCAAGAAGGAAACCGAAGACAAAGGCAAGGGUAAGAAGAAGAGCUAGAUGAAGCCCAGCGAAAUGGACAGCAUCGCAUCCGGGCACUUAGCAUGGCGUUUGGAUGGUACCUCUAGCUAGAAUCCUACUGCAGUCGGUAUGCAUGGCCAAAAAAGGGGUCGCCUUUGUACAAUACAGUAUCAGAAAGACCCUAUUAUGAAUGGGAUGCCAUGUUCAAAAGUCUGAAUAUCCUAUACCGGCUUUGCCGUGCUCAAAUCGGGUAGAGUUUUGCUACUCUGGACUUUAGCACGGCCGUUAACCAUCUGCCUG